CCUGGGUGAAACUGGCACAAGCUCUGCCAGCUCUCUGGUAAUAAUUAAACUGUCAGCCCAGAUUUCCCGUCAAGGUAGGCUGGCAGAGUCCCAGGUGGCACAUAUUAUGCAAAUUUCCUGGGGCGGGAGCUGAGUACCUGUUCUAGGAAUUCCCCUAGAGGUGGAGAUCAGGUUACUGAAGAACGCCCUAUAAAAGGGACAGCUAUGGGGAGGGGCUGAGCCAUACAGGGAGUGGAGUCACAAAUACCUGGGCACAGGUGAGCGGGAGCUGAAGCGUCCAGGACUCUGCCUUAGGAGCUUACUACUGUGUGGAUUGAUUAACUGCUGUCAGAGUUACCUGCCUGGUAGGUAAAAUGGUGGGGGCGUGAAAGGGGGAGAGGAUGGAUGUGGAGUUGCUGCGCCUGAUCUGUGUUGAGCUCAGUUCUCCUUAAGGAUGCUGCUGUGGUGCACUUUCUUAGCUGAUCAAGUUGCUGCCAAAAAAACAAGCAGCCCCUACCGCCAAGUUACUGAUGGAGACUAAAAAAUAGGAUGCCAGUCACCUUCACUCUCUGCUUAUGAGCUUCCAAACGCACCUGACCGACCAUCACUGGAAACAGAAUGUGGACCAGAUGGAUUUCUUGGUCAGGACCAGCCAAGGAAUUAUUAUGCUUUUUGAAGCCUUGGAAAAGCGAAAAACGUUUGCCUCCAGUGCCCGUCCUUUGGGCAGUUUGUAGUUAUCUGGCAAAAGAAAAGGAAAAACAUGCUGAGUCUGGGCUGACUUGCUCUCACCGGUUUUCUACUGUAAUUUACUAGUUGCAUACCUCCAACUUUGCUGUGCGGCUCGCAGAUCUGAUGGGAUCCCUAUCCUGCUCAGAGGACUUACAAUCUAUGGCCAUGAUGAGGAGGGGAGGGAGAGACAUUAGGGAUUGGCAGGGAUGAGUGAUAAAUGGAUGAGCGUGUAAGGUGAGGCUCUCAUGAUUCAGAACAGGCUGUUUCCACAGAGCCAACAGAGCUUUCUCUCCAAUAGCCUGGAGCAUCGAGUGGGGGCUGGUGAAGGGCAGAGGGGCUUCUUGGACACACAAUGCAAUAGCAGGAGCUGGAAGCUUCAGAAGUAGCCUGAGAGUCAACAUUGACUUUAUGGCUCCAGCCUGAGCCUGGAAAGAGAAGGCAAAAAGCAAAUUUUUAAAAAUGGGCUUCUUGGAGGUGUUAGUGAGUCCCAGAGCUGAUUAAAGGUUGAUGGGCAGGGGACCUUUGUGAAAGUAAUAAGCAUGAAAUCUCUGUUUCUUGUCUCUUUGUCCGUUGCUGUAUCGGCCAAGUUUGGGGGAGAUGUAAUUUCCCUGCCAAAGCAAAGUUGUUGGGACUGUUCCUUUUUAUUUCAAGCCAAAAUCUUAACAGUGGGCAGUGGGAAAAUUAUAUUUAAAAGUAAAUAAAUAAAAUGAACGAUAAAAUGAACUAGAAGCGUACCUUGAUUUGUUGUGGGAAUUCUUCCGCUGCGGUCCAUGGACCUACACAAUAAAUGCUAUUCUAUUGUGGGAAUUCCUUGGUUAGAAAUCAGUGGCUUUGUACUUUGGGAUCCUGGCUCAGAUAUUUAUGAAUCUUGGACAGAUCCCAAUCACAAGGGGCUUGAAGGACAGGUUGAGAAUAUGAAGGAGCAGCAGUAUGCUGGGAACUAGGUGUACUGGAGGGGUGGAGGGAAAGGCCGUGUUUGAUCAAAGCAAGCUCAUGGGGGAAUGGGGCUGGUGGAGCCGGCUGGAUCCAUUCCCAAGUCUAACAACUCCAAUCUUCUGGCAGAAAAUCCCAUGGCAGGAUCCUGUGAAAUCAGCAAUCUCAUCUCAAACUACUUCAGCGCCAUGUACCAGCCAGAAGAAGCACCACCCGACCCAGACCUACUGACCCACCUUGGAGAUGAUGAUAACCUUUCUCUCACUUUGUCUAACACCCAGAUGGCCACAGAGACAACAGGUAGGUGUCCACAGCUUAUUGCUGCAAGAUGUGGGUACAAAAUAUAUAUAGGGAACAAUGGAGACAUCAGGAAUAACUUUCUGACAGUAAGAGCUUCUUUGACAGUGGAGCAAUCUCCCACAAGAGGUGGUGGACUCUCCUUCCUUGGAGGUUUUUAAGCAGAUGUUGGAUGACCACCUGUCAUGUGUGCUGUAGUUGAGAUCCCAGCAUUGCAAGGGGUUGGACUAGAUGACCAUUGGAGUCCUUUCCAGUUCUACAGUUCUGUGAUCUCUGAGGGCUCUGCUUCCUACAGCAGCAGGACAAGUAUUGUCUAUCAGCAAGCCUACUGGAGUAGAGGUUGGAGACUCCUUCCAGUGUGAUCUCACCCCCACUUACAUAGGUUGAACCCCUGAUAUCUAUGGGGCGAUGGGGGGUGCCCCCAUAAGAUGUCUCCAGUAUUAGUUAAACUUAAAGUAGACUCGUUGAAAUUAACAGGUAUGACUAACCUAGGUCCAUUCAUUUCAGUGGGUUUACUCCCAUAAAACAUAGUUGGACAAAACCCCAACUCCCAUCAACCCUGGCCAUUGGCCAUGCUGGCUGGGGCUGAUGGGAAUUGUAGUCCAACAACACUUGGAGGACAUCAUGUUGUCUACCCCUGCCCUUCACCAAUGCUGGGUGGAUGCACAUGGCAGUGGGGGCUCUGUGGCCCUCCUGCUGUUGCUGGACUCCCAUCAUCCCUGGCCAUUGGGCAUACUGGCUGAAACUGAUAAGAGCUGGAGUCCCAACAGCAUCUGGGGGGGGGGGUAUCAGGGUCCUUACCUCUGAUUUACAUGAAGUGCUUUGAGCAAUUGAACUGUGCCAUAUAACACUGCCACUCACCUUAUUUAAAGAUUAGACCCUGCAGAAGAUAAGAGGCUGAGUUAAAUCCUUGUAGAGAAGUAGAGCUGAGUAGUUUUAUACAAGGUGCACUACGUGAAACUCGGGGGACUGUGAAAAGCUACAAAGGGUGGCCAUUUUGCAAGGGAAUGGCCGCUGGGGCAUAAAAUAGCUCUGCAUGCAUUGCUGUUCUUGGCAACAUACAGUACGAUAUUCUAAUGAAGUUGUGGCUGCUUGAGCUGGGAGCGGAGAACUGGUGUCCUAAAUGACCUCACCCCAGUGGGGAGGGGCCUGCCCAGAGAUAAGGGAACAGGUGACAGGUGUGCAUGUUAACCCAACCACAGUGACUAAGCGAGAUAAACGCUGUGCGUAAGUGAACUGGCCACACCCUGUGCUGCUCAGCCAGCAAGAGUGUUCCAGAGGCUGACUUGGCCGAGCAGAAUCCCAUGUGGCGCCUGCCCCACUGAGCCCCUUCUCUCCUUCCCUCCCCCCCUCUCUGCAGGCAAGCCCACAUGGUAUGGCGAGAUGCCACACUGCUGGAGCAGGGCUCAAGUGCUGGAGUGGAUCAGCUACCAUGUGGAGAAAAACAAGUACGAUGCCAGUGCCAUUGACUUCUCCUGCUGCAAUAUGGAUGGCUACACACUUUGCCAAUACACGCGGGACCAGCUGGGACUCAUCUUCGGGCCCCUUGGCGAUGAGCUCUACGACCGCCUGCACGAAAUCAGUAAGCGCAGGGUGCCCUUCCUUUGAUGCAGAAGGACUUGAGGGAAUUGCAUUUGGGCCCCAAGGCUAGAACCAUAUCAGCUCACAGUGGUUGGCUCAAGCGGAGAGGCUUUCAGAAAAACAGGCGCUGGUGCAAAGUCAUGACGCACAGCAAAAGGGUUGCAGUCUUGUGUUACUGGCCCCACUCUUGGGCCUUUUCACACCAGCCACACCAUGUUUACAAAUGACAAGCUUUUGCAAUGGCUUUAUCCUCAUGCCAGCAAAAUCUCUGCUUGCUAAGUUACUGUGUGUCCAGCUGUUUCUCAAACCGAAAAAGCAGGACCUGUGAAAAAGAGUGGCAGCUCUAUCUAGGCAGCAUCCCAUGACCCAAUGGUCCCUCUUGACCAGGAGGGGCACUCCCAUAUUUCUGGUCCCAGUCGUCUGUAAAUCAGUGCCACCAUUUAGCCCCCAAUACCAAGGGCUGAGAAUCUUUUAGCUUGUUCCUGAAUCAAGGAAGAAAGCAGGGGCAGUACAGAGUAGCGCUUGGUCUUGUUAUUCACAAAGAAUGUACUUUUCUCCCUCACUUGUAGCAUCUGUCCCGGAUGAACUUGGCUGGAUCAUGUCUGUGCUAAGGAGCGAAGAUGUCUCUCAAGAGGCCCUUCUGGACUCUAGCCCAUUAGGUGAGGGAAAAAAUGUAUUUCCUUGCUCUGCUUUGUGGUUAAUUGCCUAUGGUCUCUCUCCCUGUGUGUGUGUACACAUUUAACCCUCAACUUCUCCCUUUAUUUGUUCCUAGAACUGGGAAAUUCCUACAAUCAGGAUUACCUGGAAGAGAUGAAGUUAGCAAACAUCUUCUCCCAGUCCGACCUUGGCUACAUCUCUGGGGCCAUGUCACCAGACAGCUCAGCUUCUCUAGCAGGUAUGGAUCCUCCCUCCCCCAAUUCUGUCUUGGCACCUGUAACAAACUACAGCUCCCAUAAUUCUUUGUGGGAAGCCAGGGCUGCUUAAAGUGGUAUUAUAGUACUUUAAAUGGAAUGGCAUGAAAGUGGCCUAAUAUUUUCUCAGAUUCCAAUGGGUGCUCAUAGAGGGUACUUGCUGAAUCCCACAAUUACAGUUAGAACAUUGGUGACUUCAGGGCUCUUAGAAGAAGCUGACCUUCCAUUCUUCUCCUUUCUCAGGGACGAUGUCUCAGAGCCCUCAGUCUCAGGACUCCGGUGGAAGUGACCUAGAUCUCGACCCCAUAGACAUGAAGCACUGCCACUUUUCUGAUGGUAAGAUAUAGAGGGGAUUAUCAAUGGAUAAUUGAUCUGGAUUUUAGGAAAAUACAAGUUUGUUUGUGUUUGUGCACACAUUUGCCUUAGUAUCUGCACCAACACAGCAGCUUGCAUUGUCAAAGGCAAACUAGUUAGAUGGAAGACAAAGAUUACUGACUCACCAUAAACAACAGUGGAGAGAUGUAGGGCACAGUUCGUGUUGAAAGGGGAAAUGAGAGUGUGUAGCAUACUGAGCUUGGCAAGGAUAGUAUUGGGUUUUUUUAAAAAAAAUCCUGACUCUGCAAAAGAAGGGACAAAUUUGGAGAUUAAUCAGAGUAGUUCUGACACAGCUUAACUGCAAAAAAAAUGUAUUUAUCUGAAGCAUUUAUACAUUGCCGUUCAGCCAAAAAGGCCCCCAAAGUGGCUUUUUAAUGCUAAAGCCGGGUAAACUGAAAUCAAUCACUACAACAGAACUGGGAUAUAAACACUUCUGUAGGCAGAAAUGGUUAGAGCCCAGUUUUGAACUGCAGGUUUGUAUCAUCCAGAGAGAGAGCUGAUUUUAUCCAUUGUUAGAAAUUCUGGCUCUCAAGUGCUACACCCCCUUUUAAGGUGGGUGCUGAAAGAUGCCAUUUUAAGGAUUGUGGUCUUUCAAUCUAGAAGAAGCUUAGUGGUAGAACAACUGCUUUGAAGGAAGAAGGUUCCAGGUCCGUCCCUGGCUAUCUAGGUAGAGCUUGGAAAAAUGUCCUGUCUGAAUAUCUGGAGAGCUGGUGCCAGGCAGUGUAGAUACUGAGCCAGAUGGACUAAGGCACUGACUCAAUAUAAGGCAGUUUCCUGUGUUCCUGUUUAAUCUCACUUCAGGCCGUCUGGGAGAUAAGGCUAAGCAUGUCCUCCUCCUCCCCUUUUCUACAGGUGACUACGCAGAAUAUAAGAAAGAAGAUCUCAAGAAGCGGAAAAGGGGACGGCCCAGGAAGGUCAGCAAGGACAGCAGAGACUGCCUGGAGACCAAGAAAAGCAAACACUGUAAGUGAAUCUCUCACACUUGGGCAGGGACAGUUCAGGGAUAUUUUGCUAUUGCAUGCAAUCCAAGUGUUUUGCCCCCAACACCUUCUGCACCACCACACAGAUUAAGGGCACUGAAGGAGCAUACAAAUGUCUUGCUGUGCUGUGUAACCACUUGACAAGACAGCUCCAUGGCAAGGAUUCUCGCACCUAAUCCAUUAGAACAGUCAGAGAGGCUGCUUGCAAACCAAUGGCCUUUAUUCCUCCUGAGUAGGGACAGGGGUCAUACAGCUUAUCAACUUCAUGCAUACUGAAAUGUCCCCCUUCAUAACAGUUCCUCAGAUGCAGGGCUGAGCGACUCCAGCUCUGCUAUUGGCCAAAUAUUCUGCCUCCUUGGGAGGUGUGCAGCCUUCUCAAAGGGACAGCCAAGUUUCUGGUGCCAUGACGUUGCCACGUAAACUGAUUUAUGCCCUGGUUUGGCACUCAGUUGGCCUCAAAGGCUAGGGACUGUUCUGUUCCUCCAGAUAGUUUGAAUAAUAUGACCUCCCUGCUCUCUUUUUUCAUGACCAGCUCCAAGAGGGAUCCACCUAUGGGAAUUCAUCCGGGACAUCCUAAUUCACCCAGAGAUGAAUGAGGGGUUGUUGAAGUGGGAAGACCGACGAGAAGGCAUCUUCAAGUUCCUGCGCUCUGAGGCGGUGGCUCAGCUCUGGGGGCAAAAGAAAAAGAACAGCAGCAUGACCUAUGAGAAGCUGAGCAGAGCCAUGAGGUAUGUACUUGUGCAUUUCAGUCUGGAGUGGAGAGCCUGAAGCUUUUCUGAUAUGGUUGCCAGCUCUCAACAGCCCCAGCCAGCAAGGCCAAUAGACAAGGGCUGAUGGGAGAUGGGCCUAUCCUUGAUUUGUGGGUAUUUUAAAACCACCCUUCAAUCAACCUCCUCCUCCUCAUCCCAUGGCAGUUUUUCAUGGAAAUACAAAAACAAUUAAAAUCAAAUUAAAACAGAUAGCGGGGCUGAAACGAUGUCUAAAGAGGUCUGGAGGAAUACUAUGAUCUCUGGCUGACAUUGAAAGGACAGCAAAGAAGGUAGCACUAUAGUCUCCAGAAGCAUUUCUGGUGUUGAGGAAAAUCAGAGCUAGAGAGAUCAAGGGGAGCAAAUGGACACAGGGGUCGCAAGGGGUGGAAACAUGAGCAAAUGCAGUUGCUGGAGGCCGGCCUUGGCCAGCCUGAUGACCUCCAGAUGUUUUGGACUACAACUCUCAUCAAUUCCAUCACUGGCUGCAGAAAGGUUCCUUGGUAGCAGGAAACAAGUUUAACCCCAAACUGCUUCACGCAAAGUGGGCUCUGAGGAUGGGUUUGAAGAAGAGAGAAGUGGGACCAUGAAGAAGAUUUGGGAGGGAGCCCCAGGCACUACGGGGCAGGGAGCACAAGAGAGCACAAAAAGAGUGUUUUGAUUUGGAUGACAGAAACCUUGCGUCUAACUCCUCACUCUGCUCCAAAGCUUUGUUGGCCAGCUAUGAAUAAGUCACAACCUCCUAUGUCACUGGGCUGUGAUGGGAGUCAGCUUGGAGCUCUGUGUUCAAGGCAAUCUCAUAUUUGAUUGUGUACUAUGUUAUUCCACCCUUCUUGUAGCAACUACUGUACCAUAAUGCAUUCCUAGUCCUCUUUGUUUCUCCUAGGACUGCUUUUUUAUUUUUACUUUUUUUAAAAAUGUAGCCCUAACACUGUCCUUCCUUCCUUCCUUCAGGUAUUACUACAAGCGGGAGAUCCUCGAACGAGUGGAUGGCCGGCGACUGGUGUACAAAUUUGGGAAGAACUCCAGUGGGUGGAAGGAGGAAGAGGUUCAAGACAGGAGCUAAGAGCUGCAAGAGCCACACACGGACUUGGACAUGGCCCAUCCUUGCUCAGAGGAGCAUCUCUGAGCACAGUAUGCACUGACGUGGGCUCUGAGCCCCUUAAACUGCUAUCUCCAGCAGUGUGUGUUAGACUCCAGCCCUUCUAUGGGGCAAAGUGUGUGUUCUGGCUCCUAGCUGGGAGCUCAGGUAAUUACAGCUGAUAUUUUGGCUCAAGUAGGUUAUUGUGAACCAUUAUUACUUUGUUGCAAUUGGACUCUGGCUGACAUCUUGGCUCUGGGUAGGAUUACAACGCCUUUGGCUGUCUGCUGCACCGCACAGGGCUCAUCAAGGCAGAAGGAACUGGGUGUUCUCAGCAAUUUGCUUUGUCCCAGGAGGCCAUUCACAGGACAUUCAACGGUCUGCUGAUUCACAGAGAAUGCCAUGGCCAACUGUGCAUAGGGAAGGAAGAUUUGCCACCGUGCCUUCAGAAUAUGGGAAUGCUGAUACCCAGUUUGGAGUAGUAAUUGGAAGUGAAGCUUCCCACCCAGAUGCAGACUAGUUGGUGGCUAAUGUUCCUAUUUAACAGGCAGAACUUAGCUGGUCAGUCUUUGAAUGUAGGACUCCAAUAAUUAUGGAUUUCACAUUGCUUUGGAAGGCAGAGUUCAGGAGCCUCUUCAUUGGCUCUUCCCCAGUCAAAACAUUAUUGGGGGGGGGGUCUUUUUCCCAGAAAGCACAGCAGCCUUCCCUAUGAAUUGCAUCUUUUCACUCUUAAUUUAUGUGAUAUAUGUAAGUGUGUUUAUAUAAUGUACAUAGAUAUCUAUUUUUUUCAUAACUAAAGUUGUGUGAUUGUAUCAGGAAGCACUGGGCAUUUUCAGAACCGAUGAUUGUUGUUGCUAAUAUUCAGCUGGGCUGAACGAAAAAGGAAAUCUUUUAUUUUGAAAUCAAAGUGUUUGUAGGGUGUUGUACUCGCUCAGUGACUCCAGGAGAGCCCUGCGUGAUGUACAGGCCUCCUGCUUUUUAAUAAUAAUUAACCAAUAAAUCAUUGUUUGUUGGUUUUUAA